AUGACCCGCAUUCUUCUAUUGGCUUUUCUGUUAGCUAUAUUUAGUGAGCAGGUCCGCUGUGCCCCUGGAGACAAUGAGUUGAAUCACCAUGGCAAGGGAAACAACUGGGGCUCGGGUGACACCAGUACUUGCUGGAGUGACUGGACCACGAAAACCAAGCCUACAGCUACAUCAGAUACUACUACUUCGUGUGAUACGUCUAUCACCACCGAGACGCCAACCACUACAGACACUCCCACCGAUACGGACACGCCUACCACCACAGACAAGCCUACCACCACAGACACAGAUACACCCACAACCACAGACACAGAUACGCCAACGACCACAGAAACCACCACCACAACAGAUACACCCACGACAACCACAGACACACCAACGACCACAACGACUGACCUCCCCGGGUGUCCUACUUGCUCACCCCACAACAAUGAAUGCGGAUCCCUGACCUCAUGCGAAGGACUCGGAAGCGCAAAUCACUGCGUCUGCCAUCCAGGAUUUAAAUCUAGCGAUACGGACAACCAAUGGCGUGUCUAUUACCCCAGUGAUUAUGGUUACUUGGUAUUUGUGCCAGAGGGUGUGGACUGUGAUGUAGAGUGCGAAGAUUGGACUGAUUCACCUGAAGGGCUUUGCGGAGAGGUUCCAUUGGCUGGUGCAACUUGUACCGCUUAA